AUGUGCCCGCAGCCCCCGCCGUCCAUGGAAGUGAUGGAGGGGCCCCUCAACCUGGCUCACCAGCAAAGCAGAAAAGCAGAUCGUUUGCUGGCAGCAGGGAAAUAUGAAGAAGCAAUUUCUUGUCACAGAAAAGCUGCUGCUUACCUUGCAGAUGCUAUGAAGCUGACCCAGUCAGAGCAGGCUCAACUAUCACUGGAAUUACAAAGGGAUAGUCAUAUGAAGCAGUUACUGCUCAUCCAGGAGCGGUGGAAAAGGGCAAAGAGGGAGGAAAAGCUGAAAGCCCAGCAGAAUGUUGACAAAGAAAUAGCUACACAUCUCCAGACUUCUUACAAGCCAUCUGCUGAAGAUUCUGAUGAUCAAAAUAUAUUGGUUCCUGUCACUCUGAAAUACAGCCCUUCCAUGGAGAAACACCCACAGGAUAUUCAGGGUGUCUUUGACAGGGACCCAGAUACACUAUUAUUUCUGCUUCAGAAAAAGAAGGAACCAGUGGAAGCAUGCCUUGGGAGUAAAGCUCCAAAAGAUGACAAAACAAUAAUAGAAGAGCAGGCAACCAAAAUUGCAGAUUUGAAACGACACAUAGAGUUUCUUGUAGCUGAAAAUGAGAGGUUAAGGAGGGAGAAUAAGCAAUUAAAAGCAGAAAGCGCUAGACUCCAAAAAUCUCCACUAGACAAGGAGCUGGAUGUAGAUGCUGACUUUGUUGAGAAGUCAGAGUUGUGGGGUCUGCAGCAACAUUCAGAACCUAUGUCUUCAGCUGCAACUUGGCAGAAGUUUGCAACAACUGCUGGGAAGGCGAAGGACAUUCCAAUACCCAACCUUCCCCCCCUCGACAUCCCUUCGCCUGAACUCCCUCUGCUGGAACUCUCUGAAGAUAUGCUGAAAGGCCUGAUGAAUAGCUAAAAACCAGGAAAAGUGCUCCAUGUAGUUACCCAAACUUAAGAAAAGGGAAAGCCACCAGAACACUGGUGAUCUGAGGGCAGAAACAUCUAACACAAUCUUACUGUUGGAGAAAAGGCAUUAAAACAACUUGGUUACUGUGAAAUACACAUCAUAUCUGAUCUACUUCAUGAAAAGGUACCAUAAUCGGUGUAAGUUGGCAAGCUCUUUAGUCUUUCUCCCAAUGUUUCAAACCAAAUGACUGCCUAGAGAAUGUUUCAAGUAAUGCAAUCCUUCAGGGUUUUGAAGUAUGCUAUAUGUAAGAGUUAUCUGUAAUGCCAUAAAUGAUGGUGCAGAACCUAACUGUUACGGUUGCCACUUGGCUGCCACUUCUUACUGAAAAAUGCUUUCUAGCAUGAAUUUAAACUGUGCAUUUCAUUAUGCAUAACUUUGUUAAUUCAGAGACGGUGCAAUUUAUACACCUCCUAGAUGGAUUUAUGUGCCAUGCGCUAUACUCCUGACCACAUUUAACCUCAAGUCAAGGGAGAUUUUGAUUUCCAUUCUAUGAAGGAACCAACUUAUUAGUUCUGUUGACAGGGGUGUUUUUUUUUUUGUUAUCUGUUUACAUAACUAAUCAGGGUGCAUUGAAUCUAGAUUUGGGUUCUGUGACAUUCUUUAAAAAAGAAAAAUCUAUACUUAAAGAGAAAUACCCUUUUUGUUUUCAGUGAUGCAUGAAUGGGAGUACUUCUAGCUGGCAGUAUUUGAUUGAAAAAGAAAUUGUUUACAACUUAACCUGAUUCAAAAAGGAUAUGAAAAUAAAA